AUGACGCCAAAUCGUCUCUAUGCGACAAUCCCCAAGACUUCUGAUGUCGAAGAUGGUUUUCGCGAUAUCACGGUGGCAGAAAUCGCGAGAGGUGUCGACUACAUGGCUGGCUGGAUCAUCGACCGCUUUGGUCGUAGCAGCAACUUCAAGACCAUCAGCUACAUCGGCACCGCAGAUCUGCGGGGAGCAAUUGUUUCGCUGGCGGCACUUCUCCUUCCAUCACCACGGAACCCGUCCACCGUGAACGUGUCACUCAUGGCGCAAACGGAGAGCACGAAACUGCUGCAUGCCGCUGAAGUGGCUCCUAUCGUGCAGCAGCUGCAGUCACUGCAACCGCAACUGAGCGCAACAACGGUGCCAACAUUCGACGAUAUGCUCAAUACCAAUCCGGAGCAUGUCGUGUUCGCAAAGACAUUCGAGCAAGCCUGGAAUGAUCCAGUGGUCAUCCUGCAUUCAUCUGGCUCAACUGGACUUCCAAAACCGAUCACAAUGACACACGGUUCGCUCGCUGUGCUUGACAACGAGCACAACUUGCCGGAGGUUCCGGGCCGCCGAAACAGAGACUGGUCGAUGUGGACUUUUGACGGCGAAGCUCGGGUCUAUACCGUGUUUCCUUUCUUCCAUCUUGCUGGAUUUGUCUGCCUUACUUUGCAAACAAUCUUCAUGAACGCAAGCCCUGUACUUGGGCCACCAAACUUGGUUCCUGACGGGGCCCUCCUGAAGAGUGUUAUGCUCCACCAGAAGCUGCGAGCGGUUUUCUUGCCGCCAGCUGUGGUCGAAGAGCUCCUUCAGGAGCCUGAAGGCAUUGAACUUCUUAAGGGCUUGGACUUUCUUGCAUGUAGUGGGGCACCACUCAACCCGGAAACCGGCGGUAUGCUCUCGAAGGUGGUCGAGAUCGUGUCGCCGUAUGGCUCGACAGAAAUUUACCCUCAGCCAGAACUCGCACCCGCAGAUGGGGAUUGGGCAUGGCACGAGUUCCACCCUGCCGUAAAGCAUGAGAUGCGGCUUUUCGACGAAUCCGAGAAAACGUUUGAAUUCAUCGUCAUCAUCGACGAGGAAUCAAGAGCUACUACAGGGGCUUAUCACAACAUGCCGGGCAUUGCCGAGUAUGCGACCAAGGAUCUGUUCAUCAGGCAUCCAGACCCUGCGAAGCCAAAUCUGUACAAAUACUACGGUCGCAGGGACGACAUCAUUGUCCUGGCCAAUGGCGAGAAGUUCAAUCCCGUUCCCGCGGAAGUCAGUAUUGCUUCACAUGGUGCCCUCAAGGGCGCCUUCCUGAUUGGCGACAGCCGCACAAAUGCACUUCUCCUUGUUGAGCCAAGAGAGCCCCUAGCGGACAAGCUGGCACGGGACAAGUUGAUCGAUGAGAUUUGGCCUGUUGUCGAAAAGUCCAACUCACUCAUUGCGGGACAAGGCAGAAUUCACCGGGCACGGAUCCUUUGUGCGACACCCGACAAGCCUUUCACGCGCACCGGAAAAGGGACAAUUGUUCGCAAGCUAACGCAAGAGACCUACAAAGAUGAAAUUGAGCAAAUCUACGCUAUAGCCGCGAAGACCACAGGAGUCAAGGCCAGCCUUCAGCCAACAGUCAGGACAACAUUCGAGAGUCCUGCUGUGGUGCAGUUCGUGCGAUCUAUACUGGCCGGGUCUUUCCCCCCGGGCGAAAACAUUGGGGAACACGAGGAUCUGUUCAUCCACGGUCUGGACUCGAUACAGACCCUCGAGAUCGUCACAAGUCUGAAGCAGAAUCUCAAGAACCAUACGAAUCAACCACUGAGUUGGAUUUCGCCCCGCACAAUCUUCAAGCACAGCAACAUUUCAGAGCUGUCCCAGCUCAUCCAAGCAUUUCUCAACGACGGCAUUGUCCCUGCCCAGGACUCGGCGGCGUCUAGAGUCCGCACCAUGAACGAAGCCGUCAAAAGAUACACUACAGAUUUGCCUGUGAGGUUCUCAGACGCCGACGCCCCUUUUCCGAAGGACAAUUUGACAGUUGCACUACUCGGAUCAACAGGAUAUCUAGGCUCCCAGCUCCUCGCAAAUUUGGUUCGGGAUCAACGUAUCUCGCGUAUCUACUGCCUGAACAGGAGCAAAGAUGCGCAGAAACGACAAGAAACAUCCCUGCUUAAGAUAGUGACCGAUGUCGCCGAGCUCAAGCACAAGAUCAAGUAUAUCACGAUCGACAUUUCGCGAGCACGUAUCGGUCUCACGGACGCGGACUUCACCACUCUGGCUCAGACUGCAGACAUUUUUAUCUACAAUGCAUGGCGCCUGGACUUUGGCAUCUCCCUGCGCUCAUUCGAGCCAUUCCUCCGCACAACCCGCGACCUGGUUGACCUCAGUCUUGAUGGGCUCGAGCAGGGCGCGAGACAAACACCAGCGCGAAUCGUAUUAGUGAGCUCGAUCUCCUCCGUCGGCGCACUGGCCAGCCGGGUCACCGCUCCCGAGGCCAUUGUCGAAGACCCCCUCGCGACAUUCAACAUUGGCUACGGCGAGUCGAAACACGUCGCCGAGCGUAUCCUCAACGCCGCGAGCAGGACCUCGGGUGUGCCCGUCGACAUCGUGCGCGUCGGACAGAUCGGGGGAUUUUCCUCACCCACAGACACUAUGUCAAGCACGUGGGCUGACCAGGCCUGGAUCUCUGCGAUUGCGCGCACGGCGCGCAAGCAGGGCACGAUCCCGACGCACGUCAUGGACAUUGACUGGGUCCCUGUCGAUACGGCGGCCGCAAUCUUACACGACGUUGCAUUGUCCGCCUCCAUUACCGGCAGAGCAAAUGGCGACGCGCGGUUCUUCCAUGUCAUCCACAGACAGCCCCAGCCGUGGGACCUGCUCAUCCGCGUGCUAAGCAAGAGGUUAGGAGUGGCAGAGGAUAAGCCCUUGAAAGCCGUCAGCUUGCCGGCCUGGGUCAGGGAUCUGCGUGCAGUCUUGGAGGUUGGGAAAGGCACGAAUGACAAGGAUGGUGUGGCAGCCGAGUUUCCCGCCGUCAAAAUGGUUGACUACUAUAGUUCGCUGGGGAAUGGUGCCGAGGGGGCAAGGUGGGCGAAUGACAAGGUGGCCGGUGUAUCUGAGGUGGGAUAUCCGGUGCUCGAUGAAGAGCUACUGGGAAAGUGGCUGGAGAGCUGGAAGCUGUGAUUUGCACUGGUCGUUAUGCGGUUGCACCACCUGAUUUGGUCAAUGUUGCUCUUGGGUCUGCUAUACUUCUUACCUUAGCACCUCCUUAAAAGGUUCC